UAAAAGUGCCUUUUUCUGUUCUGACACUGGGAGGUGUUCGUGUAAAUCAUUUUGUGUCCUCUAGCGACAUACCAUUUCUAGCUGGUGUAGCUGGCUAGCCUCAGGAAGAGUAUGACUCUUACCUGUUGAGACUUUCCUCUGUUAAAAAUCUCAAUGACUAUUUAGUUGAAUUAUUUGUUGAGAGAUUAUUUGCAAUCCACAAGUUGAACAGAGAACAACUCCAGAUUUCCUGAGAUGCACUUUAAAAGAUGUUCUCAGAGUUUUUACAGUAAGGGAAUCUAAAGAGAAGGCAGGGUUUGCUUAGAAAAUGAGCUGGAUAUACAGGUUUUCCUGCCCACUCCAAAUGUUUGCCAGUAGUGUAUGUGAUGAAAACAGGAAAAAAAUAAAAUUGGUUUAUGUCAAAAGUGAUGGAAAUAAUAUUACUAGGAAAAUGCAUCUAUUAUAAAAUACAAGAAUAAUUAGAAACUACAAAGAAGAAAAGGAGUAUUUUAAACUUGAUAUUCUAUUUCAAAGAAAAAGUAUGAUACUGAGUAUCCUGGUUUCUUAGGAUUGUUAAAAAAAAGGCCACAAACUAUGACCUUAGUGCCCUUCCAGGGCAUCUGUUAUAACCUGGGUAUACUAGAGACUUAGUCAUUAUAGCAAAGCACAGUUGUUUCCCUACUGGCAUUACUGAAAUUUAACAUAGUCACAUCCCUGGGAUUUGUAGUUUUUGCUUAUAAGGAAGGUUUCAUGUGAGAAGAUAGUGUUAUCUGCCGUUUCUCACCGGCAGACACAUUCAUUUCACUAAAUCUCCUCUGUUCAUAGAUAAUUUCUUACUUUCAAAUGUUAUGCAAAAACGACAUCAUUGGUUUUUGUGUAGCAUUUGACUGUAUUGAGUUAUUCAGGCAAAGAAAAAUGCAUCACUGAAAUAGAACUGUGGGGGUAAAAUAAGGUCUUUAGUCUACAUGUUGUCUAAGCCCUAUGAGUGAAACCUUGAUAGGGUUGUCAGAGAAAGCAAGCCUUUGCAAUUUCAUCUCAUGAAUGCAUUUUUAGCUUAAGAGGGGCUUAAACCUUAAGCCUCACUAACAAUUUACUUGGAAACAUCUACACUGCUUUUUUCAGUCUGGUGUGAGUUAUCUGCAAGUCUCCUCCCCUACAUCUCACUACUAGUAGUAAUCCCAUUAGAUGAUUAUAAUUUGUAUCCUCAACAGACAGAUUUAGUCAUAAUUGAAAAAGAACUUCAAGUGUGUUUAAUCAACUGUGUGGUCAUUUUAUUAGUGGACACUCAUUUACCAUUUUACUUUGCCUUAAGUGAAGUGCAUUUAUGGCCUGGGGCUGAAUAGCUAUUAUGUUCCCAGGAGUGGGAAAUCCUUAAGCUUGCAUGAAAUUGCACCAGUUUCUCAGCAGCAGGUAGAAUUUGCCUUUAGAAGAGAAAUAUUUUUAUUUUCAUACAACUUUCUAAUCUUUUUGGCUAACAAUAGUUAUCUUUGGCUGGUUAUUAUGUACAAUUUAGUUCUCUGUUUUCAUUGGAGGAGAGGAAAUGGUAGAAAUAGAGGGAAAUAAGUUGACUUGGUUACCCAUGCAGAUGGAGACUUAGUGAGUCUUUCUUAAACUUUCUUCUUCUACAAAGCUGUCUUUGGAAUGAAACCAAAGACCUGGAAAAGCUGUAGUGUGUUCACCAAAAGCAGAUCUAGAUUUGUCCAAAUAAGUGAACUCUGCUGACAGCUUAUGGCAUAUGCAGACAGAAGUUCAUGAAUAGUAACUGAGCUCAUGGGCUCUCCUUGAGCUCAGGAUAGCAGGGGAGUAUUUCUGUUAUGAAUAUAGCUGAGUAUUUGAAACCUUCAGUGUCUUGUUAAAUGCAAGGUGCACAGAUUCACAGUCACUCUGUCAGAGGUUUGCUGGUGCUGGGGUGUCCAGCCUGCACAUACUAAAUACACAAAAUAUUAGUAUGUAAUCUGUACUGAACACUGAAUCUGGUGCACUAACAAGACAAUAGCACUUUGUCUAUAGGCUGUGUUUGCCAGGUGGAGCAGUUGUACAUGUUUCUGCAACUUUGUGUUUGCUGUAAUUAUUGUAAUGUUCACACCUAGUACUCUUAUAACACAGGGAACCAUGGUGUUAGAAUCUGAGAAUUUCUGUGUUUGCACACAAAGGGGGAAAAGGCUGAAAACUGUUAUACCUGCUUAACUAACUUUAAUAGCUAACUCUCAAAGAAAGUUGCUAUUUCACUACUGGCUAAAAGAAGUAGAUCAUCUUCUGGCUACAAUGUAGGGAUCUGAAUGGAAAAUACAGAUUCAGAGAAGGGUUAUGCAGUAGAAUCUGAGGCAUGGAGAAAGCUGCCACUGAAAAAAUACUGGUUUGUAACAUUUUGCCUUCAGUGUAUUACCUAAAUAAGGCUUAAUUUAACAUUGUUUCCUGAAGGUUCACUAAUGUGUGAUACAAAGUGUGACUCUUUUCCUUGAUGGGAAGGAUCUUUCCUCACCUGAGUGUUGCCACAUCUACCCCAAGGUGAGGUGGGAAAGAUGUCAGAUGGAGACAGAGAAAUGAACAGUGGGUCAGUAAGAUUUCAGGAAAGUAAUCCAGGGGUUUAAUUUUCUGAUGAAAACCUAUGAGGUAUGUCCUGUGUGAAGUUGAAAUCCAUGACCCAUCUUGCACUUUGCAGUCAUUUCAUUGUUUUUUCCCAAGGGCCUUCUGCUGCCCGUGGUUAGUUUUGCAGAGAAGGGGAGGAAGACUGUAGUAGCCAGCUGGAAAAUGUAAAAUGUAUUGUCAUCCCUCAGCACCCCACUCUGUCAAACAAUGGCAAAGCAAAAGUACAACAGCCCUGCUGAGGUGCUGCUAUCAAACAGGUAUUCCUUUCUAAGCUGGUGUCAAGGUGGGUGGGGGGACCUGCAAAAUACAGAAAAGUAACAAAUGUAGUUUUAAUUCCUGGUAAACUUUACCUGAGUGAUCAUCAUCAGAGCAAAGUAGUCACAGUGAGAAAACAGAAACAGAUUCUUACAGCUUCUCUUUGUACUUGCUGCUUCUGCACUUGGGGAUGGGGGGGUGUACGCUACUGCCAGCCCAGGGUCCCCUGGGCUGUGCCCACAGCAAGUUUCAAGUUCCAAGUAAGAUUCUGCUUUAGUUUAUGAAUUCUGGUGCAUUGCAGAGUUCAGGUUCUUGGUAUUCUUCUGCACUGAUUCCUGUUUUGCUUGUUCCAAGCUUUCAAGUGCUUCUGAGGUGCCAGCCUAUUGCUGACUGAUGAACUGACAAUACAAGAUUUAAUCCACACUGCUUCUUUAGCUUUAUACUUGAUGAUGGAAGAUACAAAGAAACAGCUGAACCAGGUAGAAAGACCCAUCAAAGCCAAAUAACUCAGCUAAAAUGUUUUGUAACCAGUGUGUUUCUCGGAAGGAAUAGGAUUAUGUGGAUCAGCUGGUGUGUUUUGUGUCUGGUGAAAAGAAGCUUAUUUAAAUUAAGAGAGGCAGGAAAUCUGUCUCUCAGUCCAGAAGGAAGAUGGGUUCCACAGAAGACCUUGACUAUCCUCAAAUCAUCGUGCAAUACAGCAAUGGAUUUUUAAUCUCAAAGGUUAUGUUCACUGCCUGUGAGCUGGGGGUGUUUGAUCUUCUUCUGGAUUCAGGAAAGCCUCUGUCUUCAGAUGCCAUUGCUGCACAUCUGGGUGCCAGCACCAUGGGGAUGGAAAGACUGCUGGAUGCUUGUGUGGGAUUGAAGCUCUUGGCAGUAGAGAUGACACAAGAAGGAGCCCUCUACAGAAACACAGAAAUUUCCAACAUCUACCUUACAAAAUCAAGUACAAAGUCUCAGUAUCAUAUUAUGAUGUAUUAUUCCAACACAGUCUACUUGUGCUGGCAGUACCUGUCUGAUGCUGUGAGAGAAGGAAGAAACCAAUAUGAAAGAGCUUUUGGCAUUUCAUCUAAAGACUCUUUUGGAGCAAUGUACAGAUCAGAUGAAGAAAUGCUAAAAUUCAUGGCUGGCCAGAACUCAGUAUGGAGCAUAUGUGGCAGAGAUGUUCUUGCUGCAUUCGACCUUUCCCCUUUCACACAGAUCUAUGACCUGGGAGGAGGUGGAGGAGCUUUGGCCCAAGAGUGUGUUUCUUUGUAUCCAAACUCUACUGUCACAAUUUAUGACCUGCCCAAAGUUGUUCGAGUGGCCAAAGAACAAUUUGUUUCCCCCGAGGAGCGUCAGAUCACUUUCCAUGAAGGAGACUUCUUUAAUGAUUCAAUACCUGAAGCUGAACUGUAUAUUUUAUCCAAGAUACUGCAUGAUUGGGAUGAUGACAAAUGCAAACAACUGCUGGCAAAAGUCUACAAAGCUUGCAAACCUGGUGGUGGAGUGCUGCUGGUUGAAUCUCUUCUGAAUGAGGAUAAAAGUGGGCCUGUAGAAACCCAGCUGUAUUCUCUGAAUAUGUUGGUCCAGACAGAAGGGAAAGAGCGAACAGCAGCAGAGUACAGCAAGCUCCUGGAGGCAGCUGGCUUUGGAGUGAUCCAGGUCAAGAGAACUGGAAAACUCUAUGAUGCUGUUUUAGGAAGGAAAUUGUAGUAUGUGUUUUAUGUAUGUAACAAGACAGAAAAAGCUGAGAAAUGUGCUAUUCUCUUCUUAGGAUGCAGUGAUCAACUUAGCUUUUAGUUAAGGCUGCCAACUUUUUUGUAAGCAGAUACAUUGUCAGAAGACUCACUAAUAACAGAUCUUCAACAUGCAUGUAUUGCAAAUCUGACAGUCUGGCUUGGCUUGCCUUUGGAUCUGGGAGGAAAAGAAAGAAAUCAGCACCUGUUCCACAAAAAAAAUCCACAAAAGAAAUGUGUAGUAUGUCUGCUUCAGCUUGUAUCAGUCUCUCUGAUUUUAACACCGUAUCUGACAAAAGCAGAGCUGAAUUUGUACUUGAGUUCCUGCAAAAUAAAGCUAAUCCCUGUACUGAGCUUUCUUGCCUGCAUUUUUAUUCCUGAGAUAUUGCUAUAAUAAAAUCAGACCAAAUUA